UUUCAAAUUGUCAAGAGUAAUCAAUCUUCAGUAGAAUUAUAGUUCAUCGCCUUAUUUUUAGCAAAACGCUGUGUAUACCUCUUCAAUAUGUUAUCUAAAAUAUAUCCUUAUAAUAGGAGAAUAUUGCAAAUAACAUACAAACAUGUAAUAUCAUCCCCAUUUCUUACUUCUACAAAUAAAAUUUUGAAUCUAUCAGAUAAUUAUCCAUCAAAGACUAAAGUGAACCCUGAAAGAGAUAUAAAAAACUAUCCAAGAUUAGAACAAAAUAUGUACCCACCAAAAGUACGAUUUGGUAUAUUACCUAGUUCAUGGUUUGAUUUUUUUUACAUGAAGACUGGCGUUACUGGGUCAUAUUUAUUUUUUGGUGGAUUGGUGACAACUUUAUUACAAAAAGAAAUUUGGGUAGUGGAAACAGAAUUUUGUAGUGGUAUAGUAUUUAUAGGGAUUCAGAUUUUCUUACUUAAAAUGUAUGGAGAAAAAGUCAAAAAUUAUUUAUUCAAUAAAGUUGAGAAUAACAUUAAAGAUGUUAGAGAUUUACAUCAGAAACACAUUCAGCUUUAUGAAAACAAUAUAGAAUCUGAGAAAAUCAAGCAGAGAGAAUCAGAAGCCCCUAAAUAUAUAGCCCAAUUUCAAAGAGAUAAUGUUGCUCUACAAUUAGAAAGGAAUUACCGGGAAAGGCUUGUAGCUAUUCAUGAUGCUAUCAAAAAAAGAUUGGAUUACAAAACCGAGAUAAUAAACACUAAAAGGAGUUUCGAACAUCAAAAUAUGAUUGACUGGAUUAUUAGACACGUGUACGCUAGUAUUACCCCUCAAUUGGAAAAAGAAGCGAUGAACAAAUGUAUUAACGAUCUGAAGACCUUAUCCAAAACUGCUAUCAUUUAAUUUGUUUUUUAUUAUAAUAUUUAUUUUGAUUGGAACUAUUUGCAUGCUUUAUUGUGGUAAAUAAAAUGAUUACAG